AUGCCAUACGUUAAGGAAUCCACCAAGUGGCACGCAUACCAGUUUUGCGACCCCUUCGCUGCCGGCAGCUUCAUCGUGUGCAACAAGAUCACCAAAAUAUUUUGCCAGCCGGACUGCGACCAGCAUCCGAUCACUAAUUUGAAGUCGGAGAUUAAGUUCACGAGUACGCCCAUGGAGGCUCGCAAUAUGGGCUACGAGGCUUGCCAGUACUGCAACCCGGACAAUUUGCCGUCGACUGAUGUUGAGUUGUUGAUCAAAGUGGUGGGAAUCAUUAACCUGUCUAUUGGUUUUGUCGCACCGUUGAUAUGCGAGAACGAGGAGGAUAAUAACUCACAAAUCAUCCAGAACAUCCACAAGGAUACUGAACUUCCAACCAAGAGACGGUCGUCUGUACCGCUCAUCAAUGACGAUGGCUCUGUCAAGAGCUUUGACUCCGCUUUAUCGAAAAAUGAUUCCGACCAUUACAAGUUGGUGGACUUGGCGUGUCGCCAUUUGGCUCUUGCCGCUGCCAAUAACGUGUUUGGCAAGGAAGAGGAUCCUACCUCGCCUUCGGACUCCAAGAGAAGAAGAAGAGGCGGUGUGCUUGGAUUCAAGGAGUUGGCCGCCAAGUCCAAGUUGUCGGCCUGGCACUUUCACCGAGUGUUCAAGUCGGUGACGAACUUGACUCCGAAGGCGUACGGUGACAAGUGCUGGGACUACUUGAAGAGCUACCAGGAG